AUGACUCGAACCUCGCGCAAGCCACCCCGAGACCCAGCUCAGCUCUCGGGGAAGCCGCUGGCAGAGACCCUAGAGCCAUCACCCAUCCUGCACAGCGAGACAGAAGACUGGACGACCUCUCGGGAUCUCACCGAACAUGGUCUGUUGUUUGUGCCCGAAGUGAUGCAGGAUCUGACCCUGUACCUGCUGGCCAACCCCAACGUCAACUCCAGCCACCUGUUUCGGGCCGAUAUCCUCUUUGACAGUGAGGGGAUAAUGCGCACUCCGCGGGAGAAGGCGCAGUCCUUCGCGCUCACUGGCAAUGCCAAUGCGGAGGCCAUCGCAUCCACUGAGAUUCUCGAUGGCGCAGAGGACGAGGUCGAGGUCGAGCCCAUCCCCGCGCGCGAUGUCCCUGGCUUCACCCUGACCAGGACCAUCGUCCGACGCCUAGUACCCCGGAACCCUAAGCUGGACCGGACCCUGGACCAAACCUGUCACUUCUACGAGGCGGAGACGACGGCUGGAACUGAAGGGGGCUGCAGACGCUCUCUGGUGAUCUAUACACCUCACAUCACCAAGGAGGAGGACAUCCCCUACUACCACCCGACCCUGCGCUCUCUAGCCUAUCUAUACGACUAUAUCACCACCACCACCACCAUCACCACCACCACCACCCCAGAGCAUCCCUCCCAAGACCCAACCUCAGGCUCAAACCCAGGCCCAGGAACCCUAACCUUACACACGCUCCUCUUUCCCAACCUCCCCAUCACCAACCGCCUGGAACGCACUCUACAAGCCCUCCUCAACACGCAAAUCCGUCUCGCCCGGACCACCCGCCUACCCACCACCACAUCAUCGCCCUCCUCCACCUCCACCAACCAAAAACACCUACUAGGCGCCAACAAAAACCCCCUUAAAGACAACAUCCUCCCGCAACACCUCGUCCAAGACACCUACACGCGCCUCAAGGCCAAAUACGCCAGCGACCUGUGCCAGAGAUGGGUGGAAACCACGGAGCCCUCGAAGCACGUCUUCGAAGACCUAUCCAUCGCCGCCUUCCUCAUCGAGCUCUGGCGCAGCAUGUACGGCGUCGUCCCGAGUGAUGAGCGCAGCCCACCCGGGUGUGCUAUCGGCACCACCACCACCACUGGCCCAAAAUUCCCCGGCUUCGUAGACGUAGCCUGCGGCAACGGCGUCCUCGUCUACAUCCUACUACAAGAAGGCUACGAAGGCUGGGGCUUCGACGCCCGCCGCCGCAAGACGUGGGCGAUCUUCCCGGAGCGGAUUCAAUCCCGUCUGAAAGAGGAGAUCUACAUCCCUGCGCCUUUCAGCGAUGCAGUCGGUGUCGGUGUCGGUGUCGGUGUCGGCGAACCGUCUAGUAGUUCCAGCUCCAACCCUGUCUCCAGCUCCAACCCCUUCAACCUCACCGUCCCAACGCACACCGGCCACUUCCCCGCCAACACCUUCAUCAUCUCCAACCACGCCGACGAACUGACCGUCUGGACGCCCCUUAUGGCCGCGCUGCUGUGUCCCACCAACCCCUCCCCGUUCGUCGCCAUCCCCUGCUGCUCGCAUGCCUUGUCCGGCGCGAAGUACCGGUAUCCGCCGCCGAGGGGUGCAUCCACUGCAGCUAAAAAUAAGGAACAGGAGGAGCAGCAGCAGCAGCAGCAGCAGCAGUCCGACUCCGGGGACUUGAAGGCCCUGCGGAAGGAGCGGCAGGAUGCGCAGGCGUCGGAGGCUGGGUUCCUGAAGAGUAUGUAUGGGUCGCUGACGGCGAAGACGAUGGCGGUGGCCGAGGAGGUGGGGUAUGAGGUUGAGAAGACGUUGUUGCGGAUCCCCAGUACGAGGAAUAUGGCUGUGGUUGGGGGCAGGAGGGGGACGAUGCUAAGGUGGAAGGGGGGAGGGGAUGCUGAUGCUGAUGCUGAUGCUGAUGCUGAUGCUGAUGCUGAUGCUGAUGCUGAAGAGGUUGUGGCAAAGGUCAUGGCUGCUGUGCAGCGGGAAUGUGCUCGAGAGGGAGGCGUGGAAGCCGCGGCGAAGAUCUGGAUAGAGAGAGCGAGAGGGAUCAACAGGGGUCCGGGGAUGGGGAAGCAGCGUGGUGGCGGGCAUUGA